ACAGAGCACUGUGGGUUUGCCAUAAAUAUAGAUAUAUGUUGUGUACCCAUAUCAUACCUCGUACCGGAUACCGGAUUUAACGAUCGAAGAGCAGUGCGGAACGUUGCUGACGACACGUUGCAUUUGAUUGCAUUUAUAUCGAAGCUUGCAGUGAAAAAAACUAUUCUUUAAAAUUGUUUCAAUUACCUGGUGUAUCUGCAAAUAAGAAAAAAUAUAGUAUAUUCAGUUAUACAUAUACAUACUUGGAAGUAGAUUGCAAAUCAAUAUGUCUGAUAAAAAAAUAUCCUCAUCAAUAGGUAUUUAUACAUCGGAGAAGAAUGGGAGUGACAAGACAGGAGAUGGCUCAGAAAAAAACCCCUUCAAAACUAUUCUAAGAGCGAUGCAUCAUGCUGGUAAAGAACCUUUUCCAGUCAUUUAUCACGAUUCUCGUGAAGAUGGUAAAAAAUAUGAACUAGCAUCUAAAUCUCAAUUAAAGAAGAUACAAAAGAUUUGGGUUAGAGAACAGCAUAAAAAUGAAGAGAAGGAGAAGAAGUUGUUGGAGGAUGAAGAAAAAAGAUUGAAAAAUCUUGAAGAAGCUAAGGCAAUUGUCAUAGAAGAGGAUAAAUCUCUACCAGAAGCAAAGCAAAUUAAAAUAAAAGAAGCUCUGAAUCACAGAGAUCAAAGAGUUAAGCUUUUUGGAUGGGUUCAUAGACUAAGAAGACAAGGCAAAGCUCUCAUGUUCAUCAUGUUGCGAGAUGGGACAGGUUUUCUGCAAUGUGUACUGACUGAUAAGCUUUGCCAAACAUAUGAUGCUUUGACUCUUGCCACUGAAGCUGCUGUUCAACUAUUUGGGACUUUAAAAAUUGUCCCUGAAGGGAAGAAUGCACCUGAUGGGCAUGAAUUGCAUGUUGAUUAUUGGAAACUUAUUGGCUCGUCGCCUCCUGGUGGGGCUGAUUCAAUUUUGAAUGAAGAAGCUCUGCCUGAUGUACAAUUGGAUAAUAGGCACAUAAUGAUUCGAGGAGAAAAUACAUCAAAAGUCUUAAUCAUGAGAUCUAUAUUAGUUCAAGCGUUUAGAGAUCAUUACAGAGAUCGUGGUUAUUAUGAAGUAACUCCACCAACUUUAGUGCAAACUCAAGUGGAAGGAGGCUCAACUCUCUUCAAAUUAGAUUAUUUUGGAGAAAAUGCUUUUCUUACUCAAAGUUCUCAACUAUAUCUUGAAACGUGCAUGCCAGCAAUGGGAGAUGUAUAUUGCGUCGCGCAAUCUUAUCGAGCAGAACAAUCGAGAACUCGUCGCCACCUUGCCGAAUACACGCAUAUUGAGGCAGAAUGUCCGUUCAUCAUGUUCGAUGAUCUACUUGAUCGAUUAGAAGAUUUAAUUUGUGAUGUAGUCGAACGAGUUCUGCAAUCACCGUUCGGUCAUCUUGUACAAGAAUUGAAUCCCGGAUUUCAAAUCCCCAAGAGGCCUUUCAAACGAAUGAACUACACCGACGCGAUCGAAUAUUUGAGAGAAAAUAAUAUCACGAAAGAGGACGGUAGUUUUUACGAGUUUGGUGAAGACAUUCCAGAGAUGCCGGAGAGGAAAAUGACUGACGCUAUUAACGAGCCUAUACUGCUUUGUCGUUUCCCCGUUGAAAUUAAAUCAUUUUACAUGCAGCGUUGCGCGGAAAAUGAACGCUUAACCGAAUCCGUUGAUGUGCUUUUGCCAAAUGUAGGUGAAAUUGUCGGCGGUUCGAUGCGUAUCUGGAAUUACGAAGAGUUGUUAGAAGGCUACAAACGUGAAAAUAUCGAUCCGACUCCGUACUACUGGUACACGGACCAGCGGAAGUAUGGAUCUUGUCCUCACGGUGGUUACGGAUUGGGAUUGGAACGAUUUCUGUGUUGGUUGUUAAACAGAUAUCACAUACGUGAAGUAUGCUUAUACCCGCGUUUUAUGGAACGUUGUCGUCCAUAAAAAUAUUUCGACGAGAAUAUAAAUUUUACAAUCAAUGGCACGUUUAAAAAGCGAUAUAUUUCACUCUUUAUACUGUUACAAUAAGAUGUAAUACUGCAUCAUAUUAAAAAAGCUAUACAAUAGUUGAAUUUAAAAAAAGCA